UUGAAUUUUGAACUAAACGUAAACCGUGUAAAAAUUUAAUCCGAUUUACGAUGCCCAAGCGAGUGUGCUGUGUUCGAAAUUGUGAUUUCAAUCCUGGAGAUAAAGAAAAUCGAAAAACAAUAUUCCAAUUUUGUGAGAAAUCUCCAUACUUCAAAACAUGGAUGAAUGCGAUUGGACCAAACUUGAGAGAUGGAAAGAAAACUCGCAAAAAUUAUUACAUUUGCGAACGACAUUUUGAUGACGGUAAUUUACAUCGAAUUCCUAUGAAUAUAUUAAAGGAUGGAAAAGAGGUGACCCUGUUACGUAGACGCCCAAUGUUAAAAUCGACAAGUGUCCCAUACAUUUUUCCAGUAAAUAUCAAAGUCACAUGUGAUCUAUGGCGUUGUUGCAUUAAGUUCCUAAGCACCGGUCGCUACACCAUCCUGGGUAAACAUGGUUAUGCAAAGCAGAAUCUGCAUGCUGGCCGCUUUGCACACCCACAUUUUCCGUCUUCUUUACACUUUAUACCUAAUUUUUUCGCCUUUCAAAAUUAUCUACAGUUUCUCUAG